AUGGCAUUCAUUUGCUGCAGUUGCAGGUCUCAGCUAGCUGUUCUGUCAGAAGCGCCAGUGUUCUCUUCCGCCAUUUUUCCUAGAGAGCUGUGGACACUUGCUCUCAAGGACUGUGUGAUGGUAACUGAGGAACCACAUAUCAAGGUAAUAGCCCAAGCCUCACACGAUGUGGAGGGAAGCCUGGCAUUGUUCAUGGCAGCAGCGGCGGUCACACUCGCGCUGUGCGUGCUGAGGAAGGAACUGCAGAGACUAAGCAAAAUUGAGCCAACG